UGGAACCUACUCAUCAUGUGUGCAUAUUGCAAGUCUCCCGGAUCUUGUACACACUGUUGACAGCUCCUUCGAGUUGCUCUGACCUUAGUAACGGCUUUCGUAAUUCGAAAAUUGUUGUUCGCGAUCACUGAUGUUGACGCUGCGGUCGGGACGAUCGCAUGUUAAGCUAUGUUAUUUCAGGUUGUUUCAGAUCACUGCCGCAUACCUAGGCAUCAUAGAAGCUGUUCCCAUUCGGUUCCCAUGCGUCUUUGUUGUAUGGGUCUUAUCAAGGGCUGUGCAUUGUAUACCCUAUAUGAAGACCGCCUUAUAGCUCUCGCUCGGGAGAUAUCGAUUCUAGCGACAUUUAACAUGGCGCAACUCGAUCUGAACAAUACCUUCGGUGCCCUUUAUAUCGGCGCUACUAUUGGUUCAAUUUUUUUUGGUUUGAGUAAUGUCCAAGCAUUUCUUUACUUCCAGGCACACAGGCAUUCGGGAGUCACGUUCUACAAACUUACGGUAUGCUUGCUCUGGCUUCUCGAUGCCUCGCAUGUCGCUAUGGUUAAUCACCUGAUAUAUUAUUAUCUGAUCAUCAACUACGCAAAUCCGUCGGUACUUCUUGAGAUGGUGUGGAGCUUUAAGGCGCUAGUACUCCUCGACGUACUUAUUGUGUUUAGCGUACACAUUCUGUAUGUGCAGCGGAUAUGGAUAAUUGGCAAAGGAAGAACCCGAAUUUUGCCAAUGCUCAAUAUGGUACUCGUCGUCAGUAGCUUAGGUGUUGGCAUCGUUCUGCUCUGGCUCGUAUUCAAGUGCCAUUAUUUUUCGGACCUGGAGAGCGUUCGGUGGUCCCUCUACCUAGUUUUAGGCAUGACCACACUAAUUGACUUCCUCAUUGCUUCUUCAUUGUGUUACCUCCUUAUCACUUCGAAGACGGGGUUCACUAAAACGGAUAUGACGCUUCGGACGCUCGUGAGAUACACUAUAAAUACAGGAUGCUUAACGAGUGUGUGCUCGAUAGCGUGUAUCAUUACGGACACAGUAAUGCCAAACAACUUCGUCUACCUCGGAAUCGAGUUUCUGCUGUCGAAAUUAUACGUGAACUCCUAUAUGGCUCUACUGAACGCGCGUCAAUAUAUGGGGUCGGAUGAAAGCCCACACACUUCGCACAACCGACCUCCUCGUACCUAUCUCCCAGAGCUACAGGUCAAUCUUAAUGUUUCGCAGGACAGAUCUAUCCGAACAUCCGAAACGGACAAGUUCCAGUUAUCUGAAAGGGCUCUGGAGCACCCCUCCUACUACCCUCCUACCGUGGUCCGCGACAGUGUGUAUAUCAAUUAAUGGAGGAUUCAGACGGGAUGUGCCCAUCCCAUCAAAGUGGUCGUAGGGAUGGAGUCGUUCUCGAUAUUGUUUUCAUUUAACAGC